UGUGACAAUCGGUGGAUAAUCGAGCAGCCGAUCACAUCGUCGGAAUUGUCUGGGAUGGGAAUCCGUCGCGGCACACGUCCGAUGGUAACAGGAGACUAGAGGAUGGAACGGAUGAUAGAGACUUUGAGCGAGAAACCGCAAAGUGCAUUCUAAUCGCUAACCUCUAUCUUCUCCGAGGAGUUGCUUGCUCCAAAAUUCAACAGAGAAUUUAUUUCAAGGAACGUCUCUCUUGUUUUUUUCUGUUCUUUAAGUGAUGUCACGUUCGACCGAGAGCUCGAAAUCUAAGAAUAACGAAUUAAUCAAUCUUGAGACGAGAUUUUCUAUUUAUUGAUUCGUGGAGAGACAGAUUAACAAUCGUCAUGCAAUCAUAUGGAAGCAAGAGGGGAAAACAGUAUUUCAUAAGAAACGAUAUUAUUAAUUUUAAUUGAAUCUCAUAAGGGACAUCUGUCUGUUUGUCGUGUCUGAAUUAACAAAUCAGAUUACACGUCUUUGUAAAUAAGAUAGGCAAAAUGAGCAACCAAUUAAAUAUAACAGUCAGACCGGAAAUAAGAUUGGAUGCCAAGUGGUUGAAGACUGAUCUACAACGAUUCCUUUAUCGCGAUGGAUUAGCUGAAUUGUGGAAUGAGAUGGUACGAGAUGGCGAAAUUGUUGGUUCCUUCAGCGAUGGUUUAAUCAAUGCUGCAGGAAUUGUAGCGAAGAAAGGUGAAACUGGCCAUUAUUAUUGUGGUAUGAGAGUAUUAUCUUGUCUCUGCUGUGAUGGAAUUUGUGGUCCACAACAUGGUUGUAAUUGUACUCCGUGUCAGAAACUGGAUGAGGAAGAAACUGCAAGAACAACAGCGAUGGUCGAAAAGGCUACAUCUGCCAGGCGGAUAAUGGACUCAUGGCUCUGGGGACCACAGCCAUCAUUAACAGAUUUGAAAGGAUGCAUUGAUUUAUCGAUUAAGGAACAACGGAAGUUAUGUUGCGAAGUUGCAAAUAGUACGUUAUCUGCAAUACGUUUAAGACAACGUUUGAUAGUUGCUCGAAGAUAUUUCACCGCUUUGUCUCGUCAUAAACCACAAGAGAUCAAAGAUACCUCAAAUUUACCAAAGUCUAUUGGAAAAUUACAAAAAACGCCGAGACUCCACGAAAAAGCAACCUUAGGAUUAGCGCGCGUUGGUUCACGUGCGGCUCUCAAUUUCUCGUUCGCGUACUUAAGACGGGCUUGGAGAUCUGGAGAAGAUGUCGAGUUUUGUAGUGAAUUAUUGACCGAAUCAUUGGAGGCACUACAAUCGUUACCAGAGGCGACUCUCUUCGAUGAAAGUAACGUUUCUCAAGUUUGGUUGGAAGUUGUGGAAAGAUCAGCAAAGUUUUUAAGACAAGUCGUUACUGGAGAAGUGACUACUGGACGAUCGUGGCGGCCAGUACCACUGUCAGAUCAGCAUACGGCUCUUUGCCUAUUAUUGGAAUUAGUUGCGCAAAGGGCCACGCUCUCUAGUUUACUGGAUUCCGUAGUUUUAUUACUUCAUCUCAGUGGUAAACAUAAGAAUCAAGAUAAUCGAGUUACGCCACCCGGAAGUACGGCACCGCUUGUUCCACUAUUACGGCGAUUGAAUAUGAUACCAGCAACAAAAUCUCGAAGGCAUCUCGAUAGAAACGUUACGCCGGGACCCUGCGAAGUGUUACUUAAAUAUUUACGACUGCCGGAUGAUGAUGCUGUGUCCGUCGAUUUGAGAAAAGCCGCAGUUAUUAUAAUGUGUAAUUUAAGCAGAUUGGCUGCUCCUCUUUUACCACCUGCGAGUGCUGAAUACGGAUUUCCGAGAAGCGGAAAUGGCAAGCAAACAUUUCAGGAAGUGUUAGCUUGGGGUGGUGUAAAAUUUGGAAAUGGUUCCACUCCUUUUUACUGCGAUGCAAUCGCGGAAUUGGGCAUAAAGCAACUUUGCUGUACUGAGCGAGCGUUGAUGAUAUUGUCAUUAAAUGGCAAUGUUUAUAAUAUGUAUCACGGAUCCGAAACUCAAUAUCCGCAAAAAGUGCACGGUUUUUCCGAUAAAUCAAUUACGAUGAUCGCAUCUCAUUCAGAUGGAAAGCACUAUUUAGCAUUAACACAAGAUGGCUGCGUGUAUUCCUGGGGCAACGGAGACGGUGGAAGACUUGGACACGGUGACACUGUCUCGUACGACGAACCGAAAUUAAUCGAGGCGCUUUUAGAGAAGAACAUCAUGUUUAUUGCAUGCGGUAGCACGUAUUCGGCAGCAUUAAGCGCCAGUGGCGAAUUGUACACUUGGGGAAGAGGAAAUUAUGGUCGAUUGGGUCAUGGUAAUUUCGACGAUGUCAUGAGUCCGACAUUAGUAACAACGUUGAAGGGUCAUACGGUUGUGCAUGUGGCGUGCGGUAGCGGAGACUCCCAAACCUUAUGCGUAACCACAUCUGGUAUAGUCUUCUCUUGGGGAGACGGCGAUUAUGGAAAACUAGGCAGAGGUGGUACAGAUGGAUCCAAAACGCCAAAGAUUGUCGAUAAGUUGCUGGACAUUAAUGUAGUAAAGGUGUUUUGCGGCGGUCAAUUCUCCGCAGCGCUGACGGCUCACGGUGAGGUGUACACGUGGGGAAAAGGUGAUGCGUAUCGUUUAGGCCAUGGUAGCGAGGAACAUAUCAGAUAUCCGAAAGUCAUCGAAUCCUUGAGAGAUAAGAAGGUCAAAGAUUUGUCCGUGGGUACCACGCAUAUAUUGGCAUUGACAGAAGAUCAAUUCGUUUAUGGAUGGGGUAGAAACGAUUAUGGUCAGAUUGAUCCCACGUUGGGUUCUGUUGUUUCCGAGCCUACAUUGUGUCCAACGUUAUCUUCAAAAACAGUUAUCGGUCUGGCAUCAGGUCCGACCCAGAGCUUUGCCUGGUGCAUGUCAGCGUGGUCAGGCGGAGCUAGCAGAGUGGCCUUUGUCGUCGACAUAUGCGAAGAGACUUUCCAACUGCUCGACACGCUCCUGUCCAAGUCUUGCGAAGGCCUACCAGAGAUACGACCGCCUACGCAGGAUCGCGAGUGUCUGGCAGUGGCUACGUUGAACUUGCUCCGAUUACAAUUACAUACUAUAUUAACACAUAAUAUCGACACUAAAUCUGUCGGACUCGCAGCCAGCAGUUCACUGUUAAAUUCCUUGAAGCAACGUUGUGUCAAUCUCGCAAGCGCAACCGGGAUAUUAGCGACGAUACAAGAUGCGGCGCAAGCAGUUUUACAAACCGGUUGGAGCAUAUUGCUACCAACAGCUAACGAACGUGCGAAAACGCUGUCCAGCUUUCUGCCAAAUACCUCGAAUAACGUAGAACAAUCGAGUUCAGCGAAUAUAUAUAUAAAUAGUGGACAGCGAUUUAUGGCUGAUUUACUGGUAUCUAGUCUGAUGGUGGAUGGCGGAUUGGAGUUGGCGUUGAAGGCUGCGAUUAAGGCGGAAAUAGCAGACAUGCCGGACGAGAAGGAUUUUCUCGACAUAGGUACGUCGAACGUCGUCAAAACGAAAACCGAAAUGCGACAGGGUAUGAAAGAUGGUUUUAAUUCCGGGAAGAACAUUACGACUAUCUCUCUGCUUCAGCUAAUACAGCAAUUAAUCAGAAAUGGAACGUGCAUUACGCAAUCCAGAUUACAGCAAGGCUCAUCGCAGCAGGCAGAUCGGAACGAACAUCUUCGAAGAUUCGACAAUUCACCCAGCCUGAAUCUGCUGCUGCGUUUCCAACGGUUACUGAUCGCGCAGGUGUAUGAGUGUAUCACGCGCAAGUCUCGCACGGAGGAUCUGCACGAUCAGGAAAUGAUGGGCGCGGAGUCGCUGCUGAAGAAGUACAUCGCGCAGAUUUGCGAUCACUCCACCGAGAUACUGCCACUAGCGGCUGAGAUAGGCGGCCGCUCCGUUAAAGAUUUCAUCUCAAUUGCCACCGUCCUGAAAAGCGACAUAAUCAACGUCUUACUUUCCGAGCUAGUAACUUGUUUGAUAUUGUUGCAAGUAGAUUAUUCUAUGUUGCUCAUCGACAUGAACUGGAUGGAAGUGAUCGCACCGAUUCUGGAUUCAUUGGACCACUUUGUGAAAUUAGCUCCGACUAUGGAAAAGAAUGAAGCAGAUGAUUUGUCCUGGCCGGGGAUCAUCGCGCCGUUGCAUGGAAAUAAGAUAUCCAUCCAGGAGGAGCCUUCACUGAUACGUUGGGCGGACUUGGAGAAUCACAAUCGUGACGGUGGUCUUUGGGUAGUAGUGAAUAACAACGUUUACGACGUGCAGGACAUCAGAAACGAUGGCUCUUGGUCUCCAUUCGAAGUGCUGCAGCGGUACGUUGUUGGCCGGGACGAAACUUCAGCGAUGACGCAAUGUAGCGCAUUGUACGAUCAGCUAUCGCCACCGCGGGGCAUGAUGGAUUCCUGUUUCGUCGGUCAUUAUUGCCAAGCCGAGCCCGACGAGAACGCACGGAUCACGAUCGAAGUGACUGAUGUCUGUUCGUCCCUUCUGGAUACAGAAAGAGCUCUGGGAUUUUUGCUAGGCUUGCACGCCUACCGAAUGCGACAGAGUUUGAUGCUUCAAUCGGCGGAGGAAGAAGCUGGCAUUUGGCUCACUGCGAAUUUCUUACGGGGUGGCUUGCAAGUCCUACAACCACCAAAUCCGUAUGAGGAGGAGAAGGAUGAAGCGAGAAGCAAUACGUCGACCGCUGCUAAUUCACCCACAGAACCGCCGCUCCCGGUGCACGCAAAGAACGAGCAGCAAAAGGAACAUGACGAUCGAACAAUCGCGUUUAUACAUGCGUUAGCGGAAGCACAUAAAACCGACGAUAGCCACGUACGAGCAUUCUUAACGAUAGUCGACAGAUAUUCUAAGACCAACAAUUUAUUCUCUCACGCUGAUUUUUGCGGCGAUCAUCCAGUUGAGGAAAUCAGCCGUGUUUUGAUGGCUGUGAUUAUAAAACAUCUUGGCUUGGGACAGCAAGCACUCGCGUUAGCAGAGCAGGAAUUAAAGACUGUUAACAGCGCGAGACUGAGCAAUACGUUGGCCGACAUGGCGCGAGCGAUUUAUCAGACAAAGUGGAACUUGGUGCGGAUUAGACAGCAACAGAAUCGUAGUUAUAAGGAAGUUUGCGCGCCUGCGCAGGAGAGAUGCAAAUUUCUCUUGUACGAGAUCAGGUCCGCGAUGAGUUACGAAGUUAAAGGACUCGAGGAUUUGAAACUAUUAUAUACCGUCCCUAGAUUCAAGAAAGCCGCUCGCAUGGUUUUAGCGGACAUACGUAAGAACAAAGAUGCAUCCGGCGGCGGUGGUAAACCAGAGGAUAUUUUAAACGCGUCGAUACAAAAUGCCAAAACGAAAAACAAACCGGAUGGUGGUGAUACAACGUCCUCCUCCAAAGAAGGUCUGACUGCCACGACUUCCUCCUCUACGAAACUUGAAGAUAUAACGGAUAUAAAGAACAAAAUUAUGCAAAUGACUGAGAAAAUUCGAUGCGGGCCGAUGCAAUGGGCUAAUGCCGACUACAAUGGCUUGAUGACGAGUAUCAUUGAAUUCGUCAUUAACGACGGCAUUGGUGGGGAUGUCGAGACGUUGCGCCGUGCUAUGUACUGUCAGAUGCAACGUGCACGUGUGCGGGAACAGGGUAUAUCGAUGAUGCGGGAAUUAUUGAAGAGAGACUAUUUGAUACCAUCGGUGAAAUACUCCUUGCUUAACGGUUGGCUCGGCUUGACCUACGAAAAUAAAUCCCUUAGCAAUGGAAUUACUCAUUGUUUGUAUAAUAUACAGUUAACGACUCCGUAUCAAAAAUCCAAAGUUAUUUUGGCUGAAGCCGAGGUGAUCUCAUGGGCAGUACAAGCUUUACGGAUGUAUGUCGUUCAAGCAGAGUUGCCGAACAAGCAAAAGGUCAGCGGAAAAAGCAGUUUGAAUCAAGGUACUUAUACUUGGUUACGCAAAUUACCGAGAGCGAGAUUCCUGCUAACUAUCCUUGGUAUGCUAACCAAUUAUCAAAAUGCCAACGAGAUCGGACUGUUAGUUAAUUCAGGCCUGUUGUCGAGCAUUUUGACUUUACUGAGACAAAUCGGACCAUCGUCGGCAAAUUUCUGUGAAGGCGGCGAGGGACAAGGACAGCAAGGUGGAGAUGACGAGGCGCCGAAAGUAAAGACCGAAAUUACGACGAUUUACGAAGAUACUCUUCAAAAGAAUAAGCCGCCGACUGUUCAGCUCAGCGGAAUGGAACUGGCGGCAUUGAUGAAAGUUGGCACUCGGGUUAUGCGAGGAGCUGAUUGGAAAUGGGGCGAUCAAGAUGGUCCUCCGCCUGGCGUAGGUAGAGUAAUCGGUGAACUCGGUGAAGAUGGAUGGAUAAGGGUUCAGUGGGAUAACGGUGCGACGAAUUCGUAUCGCAUGGGUAAGGAGGGUAAAUACGAUUUAAAAUUGGCCGAUCCACCGACGCCUCCUGAUGACGACAGCGAUGAAACUGACAGCGAUACUUCGCUCGAUGGAAAUAGAAUGGAGAGUUCCGGUUUCCGCGGAGAAGAUCUACACCCAACUACGUGUCUCAAAUCAGCAUCGACGAAUUUGCUACGAAUAAUUUUACUUUCUUGUGGCGUGGAAGCGGAUAAAGUAUCCAUGGUAUCCAUCAAAAUUCUUACUUCCACUCUGCAUGGCAUAAUAUCGACUGCGAAUAAAUCCGGCGAGUCUACCACGCAUGUUCAACUAGCGAAGCAGCAUCACGAAACUUGGGCUACUUUUAGUCUUCUGAGAGCGAUCGCAAAAUCGACGGGAUUGUGCAAGUCUUUGAGUUCACAGACUUGGCUCAACCUCCUUCUAAGCAUUGUUGUCGACGAAGCUAAGCCCUGUCUCGAGAAGCAAAUUAUGAUUAUGAAACUACUAGCAGCUGUUUUACCUUCGUGGGGAAUGGAGACAAAUCUGAGCGACAUGAUGCAAUUCUUGGAGAAGUCCUUCGGGAUUCUGGGUCAAGUGGCUCUCACGUGCGACAUUGCUGCCGGUUCUGAGCUUCAUUCGAAUAAAUGUCGCAUGUCCUUGACCGCAUCAUAUAGUUCCACCGUAGCUGAGGAAUUAAUAUGGUUAAUCAGAUUUUUGCAUUCUCUGCCUGGUUGGAACGAAGCUAUAAAUAGAUUUCUCUCCACGAAAUUGGCGUUGACAGUGGAUCUUUGGAAUGAUAGUCCGCUAUUUCACAUACAGAUGAACGAAAACGGCGGUGAAAAUGGUCUGUUCAUUCAACGGACGGUCAUGGCGACUCUCGUUGUCAUCGGUGGUUUGGAUAACAGAAUAAGAAUUGGUGGUUUAGUGAAUUCUGACGGUGAGGUAGGCACAGUCUGUAGAUUCACAAAACACUCGAAAAUCGUUAUGCAACUAUGGAAUGGCAAUGGGAUACGGAAAAUAGUACCGUUCCACAUGGUGAAACGCGUCAAUGAGAAAUUUCAAUUGGAAAGAAUGCCUUUAACAGAGAUGCUCAUAUCUGUCUGGGCUAAUCUGCUUUUAGGUAUCGCUUGUAUGGAUAAACGAUCAGGCAGCAUGCCCGUCAUUGCUGGCACCGUCAACGCCUCGAUAUUACGAAGCCAGCAACAGCAACUUGCUGCUUUGAACGCCGGAAAAGCCAUGCUCGCCUACCAAUCGAAAUUGCGAAAGAUUUUGAAAUAUCCAUUAACUAAUGAAGUCAAUGAUGAAGACAGACGUACUUGUACGCUUUUACAGGAAUUGUUGUUGCGCGCCACGAAACCACAACCAUUGAAACCGAUAUUUAAGCGUGGAGAAUUAGAGGAAGCCGCCUUAGCAGUCUCUCAAUAUUUAGUUUCCGAAUUAAGGCACACACCUAUCCAACGAAUUGGCAUGACUUCAGAUCCCACUACUCCUACAUCCGACUGUUCAUUGGUCUCCUUAACGUCGAGUCAGAAAAGACAUUGUAAAGGUAACACAGCGGCGAGGAGAAGUUCAGCGGCGACGCCUGCGAAUCCUUUGGUAGCUCAGCUAGUCGAAAUGGGUUUUCACAAGAAAAGUGUCGAAUUAGCAAUCAAAAGCAUGAGCGUCGCCGAGCAAGGUAGCGUAACGGCGGAAAGUGUGGUAGGCUGGCUGUUGGAAAAUCCAGACGCCGCUCUCAGCGAUACCGAGACCCUGUCUAGCUUGGAGGGACUGACAGAUGGUAGUGACGAUUCGAUUAGUGAGGAUCUAGAUGAUUCUCCAUCCGGGCAAGAGGGUGCUGUGAAUGGUGGUGCACCACCGACCUACAUGAAACGCUCAGAUUUUCUAUCGGUCGAUGAAUAUGCGAUUUAUGUGCGCGACAACGUGGUCCCAGGCAUGCUGGUACGAUGCUGUAAGAGUUAUGAAGAAGUGGAGUACGGCGACGUUGGCCAGGUAGUGAAGAUCGACGCGGAGAAUUUGCACGAUUUGAACGCGCAAGUUGCAUGGCAACGCAAAGGCGGCACAUACUGGGUGCGUUUUAUCCACAUAGAAUUACUUGGCUAUCCGCCAUCCUUGCCAGGUCCACCACCCGCAUUGAAGGUCGGGGAUAAAGUUAGAGUUAAAGCAUCGGUGAUUGAACCGAAGUACAAUUGGGGAUCUGUAACUCAUCAUUGUGUCGGAGUAGUCACAGCAAUAACUAAUAACGGCAAGAAUGUAUCCGUAGAUUUUCCGCAGCAGCACGGUUGGACCGGCUGCGUCGCCGAGAUGGAGAAAGUACCGUCUUGUCAUCAUUCCGUGAUUUGUAACUCGUGUUGCUUAUCACCGAUUUCCGGCCCGAGAUUCAAGUGCAAGUACUGCGAUAAUUAUAAUCUGUGCGAAAAUUGCUUCUACACUAAGCGGUUGCACCGACACGGUUUCAAUAGAAUUGCGGAACCCGGUUCCGCGGCUGUUUAUGCCGGUAAGCCAGGCAGAUACCACAGGCAAGAUUUAUCAGAAUCAUGUUUGAUCGACGAUUGGUCGAAGUGCAUCAGAACCUUGAGCGUAUCUUCGCGAGAAAACUGGGCGACACGUUUGGUAGAUGGAUCCGGGAAAUAUUGGCAAAGUUGUGGAUCGCAGGGUAAACAUUGGAUUCGCCUGGAAAUGUUGCCUGGUAUCUUGAUACACUCUUUGAAAAUCAUCGUCAAUCCGCAGGACAGUAGUUACAUGCCUUCCGUGAUAGCGGUCAACGUAGGAGACUCCUUUACUAAUUUAGUGGAAUUAAGAAUGAUAACAAUACGUUAUUCGGACACUAGCGUUACACUGCUUCAAGAUAUGAAAGAAUAUUACCCUUGUGUAGAAAUAGCGAUAAAACAAUGUCGAAAUGGCGGUAUAGAUUGCAAGAUACAUGGUUUGCGCAUAAUUGGUUGUCAGAAUAUGUUUGAGAAUCAGUUGACGACCUCGGUCUCCUUCCUUGCAUCUGACUGGGAAGUUUUGCAGGAACAAGUGGCGAUACAGCGUUGCAUGGAUGCACCACCUCAACAAUCGGCCGUUUAUGUUUGGGGUUUAAAUGAUAAAGAUCAAUUAGGAGGGCUGAAAGGAUCUAAAAUCAAGCUACCAAUAUACAGCGAGGUUCUCUCAAAAUUAAAACCUAUUCACAUAGCUGGAGGAAGCAAGACUCUUUUUAUCGUUAGUCAAGAGGGUAAGCUGUACGCUUGCGGAGAGGGAACGAAUGGCAGGCUAGGUCUAGGGGAUGAUAACAAUGUGUGUGAGCCGAAGCCCAUUCCUUUUCUGAGUCAAUUCGUGAUCAAGAAAGUGGCGGUACAUUCUGGUGGAAAGCAUGCCCUGGCACUCACUCAAGACGGUAAAGUGUUCUCGUGGGGUGAAGGUGAGGAUGGCAAACUGGGGCAUGGAAAUUGUGUUUCGCUGGAUAAACCGAAGCUCAUCGAGACAUUGAAAUCGAAGAGAAUCCGAGACAUCGCUUGUGGAUCAGGGCAUUCGGCGGCCAUCGCAAGCAAUGGCGAGCUAUACACUUGGGGCUUAGGCGAGUAUGGUAGGCUGGGCCAUGGAGACACUAUCACGCAAACAAGACCAAAAUUAGUGCAAGCUUUAGUCGGACAGAGAGUCGUUCAAGUAGCCUGUGGUAGCAGAGAUGCGCAAACUAUGGCUUUGACCACUGAUGGUUGCGUGUAUUCUUGGGGCGAUGGUGAUUUCGGCAAGCUCGGCCGAGGUGGAAGCGACGGUUGUUACACACCCUUAUUGGUAGAUCGAUUGAACGGCUUAGGUGUCGUACAAGUGGAAUGCGGCGCACAGUUUUCUCUUGCUUUAACGAAGUAUGGUGAAGUAUGGACGUGGGGAAAGGGCGAUUAUUUUCGUUUAGGUCACGGUAACGAUCAUCAUGUUAGAAAGCCUACGCUAGUUGAAGGUCUUCGGGGCAAGAAAAUUAUUCAUGUGGCUGUUGGCGCGUUGCAUUGUCUCGCAGUGACCGAUACCGGCCAGGUGUAUGCCUGGGGUGAUAACGAUCAUGGACAACAAGGCAAUGGUACGACGAGUGUCAACAGAAAACCAUCAUUAGUGCAUGAGCUGGAGGACGCGAGAGUGAAUAGGGUAUCCUGCGGCUCGAGUCACAGCAUAGCUUGGGUAUUGGUCGAUCAGCCCAGCAACGGCAAUCAAGACCCAGUCACGUUCCCGACGGCAAGGGAUCCAUUGGGCCAAAUGUGUCUUGGUCUGAAUAAUACAUCGGAGCAGAACGGUGCCGUUGUUGCAACUAGUGACGCCGUCGCUACGAGACCAUCGCUUGCCAGUAUAAUACUCUCGUUGGAGAGUAACGUCGCUAAACAACAGGCUUUGCAGCAUGUGAUUAACGCUCUUCUUAUUAUGCAAGCACGAGCGGCGAUAGUGACGGCUUUGCAGAGUCACUCGAUGCUGAGCGGCUGUGCGUCGGUGAAGAACGCGUCGAUAGCACCAACGACGGACGCGAUACCACCAGAAGGAACUAUGACAUCGAGUACCGAACACGCGGUUUAUCAGAAUGUCGGUGAUAUCGCGCAAGGCGGAGGAGAGGCUCCAGCGAACGUUGCUGAAGCAGUCAAUGUAACCACUAGCCCUAAGAUGACUCCCGAGUCUGAAGAUUAUCCGUUAGCUAUGUUAGCCAUGUCUAUGUCCAGCUCCGCCAGUCUGUCCUCUCGUGCCUCGAGGAUGUCGACGAGUGCGAUGAGUGUUAUAGCUGCCACUCUAACAUCCAACGCACAGGUGGUGGGUGAGGACGGCGCGACAGCUUCUGGUUUGGACGAAUUUACAUCAGCGUUAACAGAAGAUGAUGCGAGAGUUUUGGUGGACCUGUUGAAGCUGGCGGUAGCUAACAGAGUUUGCGCAUCGGCCAAAGAAACAAUAUCAUCGGUAUUAAUCGCUUUAGGAAAGAUUAACAGUUCUAUCGGUAGCAUGUUGCUGGAAUUAUGUGUGACGGAGCUAGAGGACACUGCGGCGAACAGCAACUGUGUCAACAAUACACCACAACCCGUGGUGCAAGAAACCCCGCAUCCUUACAUAGAUGACACCACAUUGACCGGCCACGUGAAGAUACCUGGCGCGGAGGCACUUCGGGUGGAAUUCGACCGGCAAUGUUCCACGGAGAAGCGGCACGAUCCGCUUACGAUCAUGGACGGAAGUGGCCGAGUAGUGGCAGUCAGAUCUGGUAGAGAGUGGACCGAGUGGGGCCCGGAGAUCAAAAUCCAAGGAGACGAACUGAGGUGGCGAUUCUGCUCGGACGGAUCCGUCAACGGCUGGGGCUGGAAAUUUACAGUUUAUCCAAUCGUGGCGAAAACAGCGCCGUACGAGUUGGGUUCUGACAGAGCGGUGCUGUCGCAGCCGACUAUAGCUCUAGCCGAACAUCUCCUCAUGGACAACAGCCUGAUAAACUCCGAUAGGAACGUCGCUUCACGAUUGGCUACCGCUCUGGGACAAUGCAGUCAAUUAAGCACUCUGUCCGCACAGCAGAGGAUGUGGGCAUUGAGAAAAUUACAGGUGGUGUACACAAACGGGCCGGGUAUAAGACCCGAAGUGGCACUUUCGUCUCUACUUAGUUCUCUGCCACAAGCGCUUUUGAGACAGUAUGCGUAUGAGGAUCCUCUGGUUAGAGGUGGUAAGCAAUUGAUGCACAGCGACUUUUUCAAAGUUCUCGUGGCGCUUGCGUGCGAUCUGGAGCUGGACGGAAUGCAAUUCUGCUCCGAGGUGCACAAGUGGUCCUGGUUCCGAAGGUAUUGUCUCGCUGCACGUGUGGCGAAAUCGCUUGUCGACCGUACCGCUUUGCCAAAGGCUUUCUGCCAUGAGGUCACAAAACAGUUGAACGAGAUGGCAAUGGAUGGAGAUGCCGACUAUACAAAAGAUCAUGAGAAUCACAAUGUAUUUAAGCAGGGACAUGACGAACAAUUACUGCAAUGGCUGAAUCGUCGUCCGGAAGACUGGACGCUAUCGUGGGACGGAUCAGGCGCGAUUUAUGGAUGGGGUCAUAAUCAUAGAGGCCAACUCGGAGGUCUGGAGGGUCCAAAGGUCAAACUGCCUGCACCCUGCGAAAGUCUGUCUGCGCUCAGACCAAUUCAAUUGGCUGGCGGUGAACAGACUUUGUUUGCUGUAACUGCUGAUGGAAAAGUCUAUUCCACUGGCUAUGGAGCUGCAGGACGCCUCGGAAUAGGAGGAACCGAUUCAGUUAUGAUCCCAACAUUAUUGGAAUCGAUACAACACGUAUUCAUCAAAAAGGUGGCCGUUAGUUCAGGAGGCAAGCAUUGCCUCGCUCUGAGUUCGGAAGGUCAUGUAUAUUCCUGGGGUGAAGGCGACGAUGGCAAACUAGGACAUGGUAAUAAGGUGUCGUACGACCGGCCAAAAUUGAUCGAAGAUUUACUCGGCAUAGAAAUCGUAGAUAUAGCUUGUGGUGGUCAUCAUAGCGCCGCUAUUACAAGCGCUGGAUGGCUGUACACAUGGGGGAAAGGACGUUACGGACGUCUCGGCCAUGGCGACAGUGAUGAUCAAUUACGACCAAAGGCAGUAGAAGCUUUGCAAGAUUACAAAGUAAUCGACGUAGCUUGCGGAAGUGGCGAUGCGCAAACACUCUGCGUAACCGAUGAUGACAACGUAUGGAGUUGGGGCGACGGAGAUUAUGGAAAGUUAGGUAGAGGUGGAAGUGACGGAUGUAAAGUUCCACUUAAGAUAGAUUCUCUAGCCGGGCUCGGCGUAAUCAAAGUCGAAUGCGGUAGUCAAUUUUCGGUUGCUUUAACGAGAUCCGGAGCGAUUUAUACCUGGGGUAAAGGCGAUUAUCAUCGUUUAGGUCAUGGCACAGAUGACCAUGUACGUAGACCACGUAAGGUAGCCGCAUUACAAGGGAAGAAGAUCAUUUCGAUAGCAACGGGUUCGUUGCAUUGCGUCGCAUGUUCCGACAAAGGAGAGGUUUUCACGUGGGGCGACAACGACGAGGGCCAGCUCGGCGAUGGCACCACGAGUGCGCUUUAUAGACCAAGACUGGUACAUGCGUUACAAGGCAAGAAAAUUACGAGAGUGGCCUGCGGCAGUGCGCAUACACUAGCUUGGAGUACUGCAAAAGCUACGCAAAGCAGAAUGCCGGCAUCUACACCCAUGGAAUACGAUCUAGUUAAAGAUCUAUCGUAUUCUGUAUUGCGCAACAGACUAGUAUUACUCCAUCAUUUCGCGGAACUUUUGUGCCCUGCUUUGGCUAUGUUCCCGAUCACUGGGCAUAUUGGGCUGAGCAAGUUAGCUCCUAUGUUAGUGUACAGUAUAAAGGAAGCGACAUUUCGCAAAGUUAUUCAAGCCACAAUGGUCAGAGAUCGCCAACAUGGACCUGUGAUCGAAUUAAAUAGAAUUCAAGUGAAAAGAGCUAGAGCCAAAGGCGGAUUAGCUGGACCAGACGGUAUCAAGUCUGUUUUUGGCCAAAUGGUAUCGAAAAUGUCCCUCUUAACACAAGAUGUAUUGUUUCUACCUCAUAGGAUAUGGAAAGUAAAAUUCGUGGGGGAAAGUGUCGAUGAUUGCGGCGGUGGAUACAGUGAGAGUAUAGCAGAGAUGUGUGAUGAAUUGCAAAAUGGUUCCUUGCCGCUAUUUAUACCUACACCAAAUGGUCGCGAAGAUAAUGGCACAAAUCGAGACUGUUUCUUGUUAAAUCCCAUGGCCGACUCACAAUUACAUAUGAACAUGUUUCAAUUCUUAGGCAUUUUAAUGGGGAUUGCUAUACGAACAGGUAGUCCAUUGAGUUUAAAUUUAGCCGAACCAGUUUGGAAACAACUUGCCGGAAUACCUCUGACACCUGCGGAUUUGACGGAAGUCGACAGGGAUUAUGUUCCUGGUUUACUUUGUAUUAGGGACAUGGAUCCUGAUGAAAAAGUCUUUCAGACAUUAGAAAUGCCAUUUUCCACGCCAUCCGCUGCAGGACACGAUGUGGCAUUAUCCAAUAGAUAUUUAAAAAUAACACCAGAAAAUAGACAUGAAUAUGUAAGAUUGGCAUUAGAUUAUAGAUUACAUGAAUUUGAUGCUCAAGUAGCAGCUGUACGAGAAGGCUUAUCAAAAGUCGUUCCUGUGCCCUUAUUGGCAUUGUUUAGUGGUGCUGAACUCGAAACGAUGGUUUGCGGUAGUCCAGAUAUACCGCUUAAUUUAUUAAAAUCUGUUGCAACAUAUAAAGGUAUUGAAGCGAUUGCACCACUUGUUCAAUGGUUCUGGGAAGUCAUGGAUGAAUUUUCCAAUCAAGAACGAUCGCUUUUCCUACGUUUCGUUUGGGGCAGAACACGUUUACCGCGCACAAUCGCAGAUUUUAGAGGCAGAGACUUUGUUUUACAAGUAAUGGAUAAGUACAACCCACCGGACCAGUUUCUUCCUGAAAGCUACACUUGCUUUUUCCUUUUAAAAAUGCCGCGAUAUUCGUGCAAAGCAGUUCUACAACAAAAACUGAAGUAUGCGAUUCAUUUUUGUAAAAGUAUCGACACCGACGAAUACGCUCGAGUACAAGCUGCAACCAAUUCCGAUACUGAAGAUACAGAUAGUUUAGCGAGCGAGGAACACACUUCGCUUUAAAUAAUUCAUUAUGUGAAAUGGUUAUUUGUGUUUGAAGUGGCAUUUCGUUCUUCGACUUCUUUCAAGAUGUGUUCACAGAUUCUCCAAAAAA